UGCACGUGUAUUUCGUACCCAGCCGAGCUACCUGUACAUGGCAUGUAACCCAAAACAAUGUAUGAAAAGUAAAUUUAAUAAGCUUUUUGAAUGAAAUUAUUAGGUACUUAUUUAUGCUUCUAACCAUACAUAAACUCUAAUAUUUAGUGACAAUUAAAUGAAGAUAAACACUGAUAAAAUUAAGUUUAACAAGUGUAACUAUUGUAUGUUUCCAAUAAACUGUGUGUGUUGAGAGUCAUGAAGAAUUUAGUGGUAGAGACUCAAAAAGUGAAUGUUUACAAAAAAAAUUACUUUCAAUAUGGAAACAUUGAAGAGCUCCAAGUCACGUACUACAGUUGUUACAAUCCUGACAACGACAGGUACUACUUCAUUGAUGAUUAUCAAAACAUUUUGGUUGUCAUUGAUGCAACGAGCGACAUAAAGUAUAUCCAGCAGAGAAUAACCUUUGAAAAUGAAUAUGCUAGAACUGUUGGCAUUGAUUACUGUGGUGUAAGUGAGGAAAUAUAUGUUGCCACUGAUGUAGGAAUUGUCAGUUGUAUUACUCAUAUUGAGGAUGGUAAAAUUAAGUCUGAGGAAAUUGCAGAGUUCCCUACUGGUUUACAAUGUGUGAAAGUUAGUCCUGAUUAUGAUAUGGUUGUACUUGUCACCAAAGAUGACACAGUUGUUACACUUACUCAAAAUUUUGACAUACUCACUGAGGUAAGCUUGAGAUCUGAAGAAUUUGGACAACAGCAAUUCAUUACAGUAGGCUGGGGUAAGAAGGAGACCCAGUUUCACGGAUCCGAGGGUAAAGCUGCAGCAAAAGCCAAAUCAACAGUUAGUGGUAAAACCAAGUUGGAUGAUGGUAAAGCAAGGGUAACAUGGAAAGGAGACGGUUCUAUGUUUGCUGUUAGCUAUAUUGAUCAGGAAAGCAAUGCUCGUAGACUGAAGAUUUUCAAUAGAGAAGGAGUAUUGCAGUUUACCAGUGAGUUGAUUGAUUGUUUGGAGGGUAUUCUGUCAUGGAAACCAUCUGGAAAUCUAAUAGCAUCGACUCGUAGAUUGCCAAAUAAACAUACAGUUGCUUUCUUUGAAAAAAAUGGACUAUUGCACAGAGAAUUCACUCUUCCUUUUGACAAAAAAAAUAUUCAGAUUAUUGACUUGAUAUGGUCAAGAGACUCUGACAUCCUUGGAGUCUGGUGCAAAGAUCUUGGCAGCGGCGUAAUGAUGAUUCAACUUUGGGCAGAGAAAAAUUAUCACUGGUACCUAAAACAGACAAUAACCUACCCUAAAACCAUCAAAGUUCAUCACGUAAUUUGGGGUCGACAGACCCAAAAGGAUCUAAUGAUACUGACCUCCAAAAGCAGUACAACCUACACUUUCUACUGGUCCACAUCACACAGUCGCGGGAAAAGUCUGACGGAUAAGGCAGUGGUUGGCGUGAUAGACGGCAAUGCGGUCCUUGUAACUUGUUUUCGAGAUUGUGUAGUUCCUCCUCCAAUGGCUCAACAAACAUUGGAGUUCAAGGAACCUGUAAACGCCAUUUCUUUUGCUCCAAAUAACGAGGAAAGAUUUAAAACCGACACAAAUGAUUUCAUGGUCGUUUUGAAUAAAAACAAACUCAUCCAUUGCCAAUACCUAAACGAAUCAUGGGAAAAUCAAUACAUUCAAAAGAAAGCCUACAAUAUCAAUUUUCAAUUGGAGGACACCAACUGUUAUUCUUUCCAUUUACUUCAGCAUUUACUCUGGUACAAGCCAAAUAUCCUUUUAUGCUCUAUAUCACUGGGCAUGAAGAGUUACUUGUGUGAAAUAUGCUUGAUGGACAUAGAAGGUCUUGACACUAUACUUUUGGAUGCCAAAACGGUACAGGAAAUGCCAGGUCAUAUCCAGCACAUGGUACUCAAUUCAAAUGCAACAACAGCCUACAUUGUAGUUUCAGGCCAACUCUACACCUAUGAUGACAUUUGCGGUGUUCAAAAAUCCAAUCUACAAUUGACCUCCGAGACCACGGACAAACAGAUGCUGAAGAUAGAAUUUAUGAAAUUUGCUGACGAAGAAGUGUUAGUAGCAUUGACACGAAAGCAUAUACUAUUUGUAAAUGGCAAGCAAGUUGCCAACAAUGUUACCUCGUUUUUCGUGCAUUCCCAGUUUUUAUUGAUCACGACGCUCCAGCAUGCGCUCGUGUCUUUCAAGUUGGAUGAUCGUGGCCUAAAGCAGCUGAAUAACGGAGCAUUGCUGAACGUUCAACCUUGGGAAAACAAAAAUGUUCAGAAAAAUCAAGAAAUAAACGUGAGACGAGUCGAAAGAGGCUCUCUGCUAGUCACAUCCGUGUCCGGGAAUUCGCGCACUCUUUUGCAGAUGCCAAGAGGCAAUUUAGAAACCAUCGAACCUCGAGCUCUAUCUCUUGCUAUAAUUAUCUCACAUCUCAACAGCCUCAAUUUCUAUCAAGCUUUCGAUCUCAUGCGCCGCCAGCGAAUUGAUCUCAAUCUCAUUUACGACUUCUGUCCCGAGUCUUUUGACAAAAAUAUUGAGAAGUUUGUUGACGACUUGGACAAUUCCAGCUGGUUGAGUCUGUUUCUGACAGAACUGAGGGACGAGGAUGUCACACGAACCAUGUUUUUAGGCAGUUUUCCAGACAGAGAUGUCAAAGACGUUGUGGGUAAGACGGAGAAAGUUUGCAAUAGCCUCAGGACAGUCUUGGAGAAAAAAUCGAACAAGUUCAUACAGCCAAUCUUGAUAAGUCUGGUGAAGGGUCAAAAAAAAAUCGGCAUAGAAGCAGCACUGGCCAAAAUCAAAGAACUAACGGUCUUAAUGGAGACGGACGAGAACGAUAAGAGUGCCGACGAAGCAUUCAAGUAUUUACUUUAUAUGGUGGACGUGAACGUGCUGUACGAUAUGGCGCUGGGCAUGUAUGACUUUGACCUUGUUAUGUUUAUUGCUGAAAGAUCUCAGAAGGAUCCGAAGGAAUACCUGCCAUUCUUGAAUAAUCUACUGGAACUCGACGAGCACAGCAUGAAAUAUGAGAUCAACAAUUACCUAAAGCGCUACGGCUCAGCGCUAGAGCACAUAGUUCAGAUACCAGAAAGAUUCGAUGAGUGCAUGAAGUUUAUAGAAACUCACAGUUUGCAUGCAAAAGGUCUAAAAUUCUUUGACAUCAAGAGCAACGAGUAUAAAAAGCUGGCCCUGAGUUAUGGUGAGCUCUUAGUAAACAUGUCAAAGUAUAAAGAAGCCGGUAUUAUGUUUGUCAAAGCGGCCAAUUAUGAGGAAGCGUUGAACGCUUUCAAACAGGCGGGUAGCUGGCAAGACGUUAUUUUUUCUGCCAUGAAAUUAAAUUUAAGCGGUGGACAGUUGACGGAACUAUACUCGGAGCUGGUGACUCAGCUACAGGAAGAAAAAAGGUACAGGGAGGCUGCACUAAUAUUGUCAAAAUAUCUUGACAGAUCGGAAGAUUCAGUGGCUACAUUGUGCGAAGGGAGGUAUUGGCAUCAAGCAUGGACGGAUGCUUACAGCAUGAAACGCGAAGAUUUGAUAGAAACGCACGUUAAACCUGGGAUCUUAGAUCAUGGCGAAUUCCUUUUGUCACAGCUAAAGGAGCACCAUGAGCAGUAUAAAAAGUACAAAAAUCGCCUGGCAGUCGUACGGGAGGCCGCUCUGAACAGACAGCAGCAGCAGCUCGAACUCGGUAUAGAAGAAGAGUCAGGUCGCGGUGAAUAUAGCGAUCUGGUGAGCGAAGCGACGAGCGUUGCUGGAUCGAUCGUUAGUGGAAGCAGUCGUAUUUCAUCACGUUCUGGUCGCAGUUAUCGUUCGAGUAAGAAUAGAAGAAAACACGAAAGGAAGCUACAGAGUGUCAAGGAAGGUAGCGUUUACGAGGACCUGGCGCUUAUAAGGGCAUUGCACAGUCUUGUCAUUCAGGCUUAUGAUACGAAAAAUAAAAUUAAGUCGAUCUCAGAAAUGCUGUUGUUCAUUAAUAGUGAUCAUUUGGCAGAAGAAUUGUAUAAGGCAAUGAAAAAUUUUCUUAAAGAUAUUCGCGAAAGCAAGCGUGAAAUUUGGCCUCCAGUAACGGAGAAGAAAGACCCUGACAGCGAGCUAAACAUACAAAUGAAUUCGCAUUCUUAUACAGAUAUGACGUCCACCACAAAUUUAAUUGAACCGCACUUGUUACUAGCACCUGAAGACAAACCGUGUGAUUGGGAACUAGAUAUAUUCUCGUUUUCUUAAUGUGAUAUAUGAAAAUGUAAGCGCAACAACUAGUUAACGUCUGUUUUAGGACUUUCACCUAAUUUUUGAUGAAAUAUUCCAAAUUUCAUCAUGUUUUACUUCAAUGUUUUAGCAUACAGAAUUUUAUACAAAUUUGUAAAUGAGUUUUUUUAAGAUCAGGUUUAAGCUCCUAUUUUUUUUAAAGACAAAGUCAUGCUGAACAAUUUUAGAUUUCAAGGAAAUAAAAAAAACAAAAAUAGUA